CACAUACAAAUAAUUAGCGUUAAAACUUUAGGCGGUCCAGCGAGACGUUCAACGAGGCGGCCAGGUCCGCUUGCGCGGAGCAAAUAGAAGGGUAGUUGCCAUCCCGAUAAUAGAUCUCGAGGAAGGUCGUAGAGACGGCUCACAUUUUCUUCUAUCCUUCUACCCCUCAUGUUUUUCGCAUCACCUUAAGGUUUAAAUCUAAGAUUCCUCCUGAAAUCUCGGAGGAACCUCACUGUUGCUCCUCAAUCACUUAAUUCUAGUCUGAAACCUUGAACAAACUGUCAUCCUUUUAUCCCCCAUCACCCCUCUGUUUUCUCGGGAAUCCAGGAAUUCUCGAAAUGGACUGGCGACACGCAUAGGGUUCGAUUAUAGCAAUAGAAGUGUAAGCUCCAAAUUCUUUAUUAAUCAAUGAUCUUAAUCGUUAUAGUUUUUAAAUACUUGUAUUUACCACACUAUGAUGUAACGGAUGAUGAGUGCGAAGGAAAAUCGUUUUAUUUCCUGGUCUCCCCUCUUGGGAUGUCCCUUCGUACCUCGAGGCAAACUGCCAAAUUGUGCGAUCACCAUGCUGUGUCUCUUUAUUACUUGGUAACUAUAUAUACUAUGUAAUCAAUUGUAGCUUGGUGAUCGCAAGUGAGGCUAUAUCACUAAAUGCGAAGCAUCCUCUCUUUCUCUUGCUGUCUCUGUCUCAUCUUAUUUCUACUCGAGCUAUUUGACUACGUUAUGUUCUCUCGCUCUAAGUCCAUCUGUCUCUCUCGCGAAUGCACACUUGAAAAAAAGAAAUGAAAGAAAAAAAGAAAAAAUCCAAGUCAGAGAUGAAGGCGUGACGAUCCGAAAUGAGCUAUGUACUCAUGGAAGGCAGUUUCUAUCCUUAUAGGUGUGUCCGUGUGCGUCCGUUCAUCAGUACGGCCCAGCGCAGUGCAAUGGACUCAAAGCGGUACGAACGCAGCGGCAGGUCGAAUACCGAAUCGCCACCUGCUCCACCCUCGCCCCCCAUGUAUAGCACAGGUUACAACACGUCACAGCAUGAUGGCCACAAGAGCAGAGGCAACUCACGGCGCACACCCUCGCCUAGCACGGACUAUCACCGGAGCAGUAGAUCUUCGCGGAACGACUCACCGCCUCAGGAACGACGUAGACGCCGUCGCAGCGGCUCCAAGUCGUCGCCGAUACGCUCACAUAGACGGUCGCGGUCAUGUGACAAAGACAGAGACCGGGAUCGCGACCGUGACAGAGAGAGGUCUCGCAAGUAUUCCAGAAGGGAUAGGUCACGAUCGAGAUCACGUGGAAGGUCUCGCUCAAGGGACAAAAGGCGUAGCCGCAGCCGUAAUCGCAGUAGGGACCGGCACAGAUAUAGAGAAAGCCGCAGACACCACACUAGAGCACCGUCGUAUGAGUCGGAUGCGUUGGAAGAUCAUAGUGAGAGUACAGGCACGAUAAUGCAUCAGGCAGCUAUGGUCGUCCCGCAGCCGAAUGCUUUCAAGAACGACGGUAGUUUUAUGGAGAUGUUCAAGAAGAUGCAGGAGCAAAUGCAACCGACCGUGCAGAAACCUACCACUUCGGUGCUAGAAGAGAAAUCCGUGGUGCCGCCGCCGUUGAUGGUGGGUAAGAGGAGAGGUGGUAGGAUCCUAAAGACUGGCAUGGUGGCAAAGCCGAAGGCAGAACAGACAGUGGAGCAGCCGAAGGACGCGUGGUCAUUGUACAUGGCGGAAGUGAAGAAGUAUCGCGAAGUCUGCUGCCAGGAAGAGGACAACACGCGACCGUUGGUCAAAUAGCUCGCGAACGUCCCAUUUAAUUUCUUCUUUACGCACUUCAACUCGUUACUUUUUCUUCUACUACUUCUAAGAUACCUAUAGCUAAUUUAAUUAUCGUUAAUUAUUAAGAUAUUGUGUAAAGAAAUGCUACUCUCGGACAUAUCUUUUGUUCGUUUCGUUUCGCCGUGAACCUCACGUUUAUUCUUGUAAAGUACAACAAGAUUGUAACGAUUCGAACGAGAGAAAGGGGGGGG